AUGUCUUUCUUUCUUGUCGUCAGCAUUAUCAGCAAUCGCGAAGGUCCACAAAACCUACUGCAGCGCACUAUUCUCGCACACAAAACAUCCACAAUCUUACCAUCCCUCCUCUCCCUGCAUCUCAAAUUCGACGAUCUCUUAGUCGGCGAGGACUUCAUCAAGACUAUCAACUCACAUCCCUCCCUCCAACGGGUCCAUAUCCGUAGCAUCUCUCCAUUGACGACACAUUCCAUCGCCAUCGCGAACAUCAAGUACCCCUUAUCCGUGUCUUUAUCUCGGAUUCAUUGUACAGACGCACGUCUGGACGGGAUGCGACGUGCCUACAAGAAGUUUCGAAACAUGUACGAUCGGGGACCAGAGAGCGUUCGCGUGAAGCGCUUGACCGUGUACGCCAAAUCAGUGCCAGUAUUCCCUGGAGACUGGACCCAGAUAACGUUCAAUGGGCUUCGGGCAUUAGUGCUCAAGGCAGGCAGCCUGGACUUCUCCACAGAGUGUAGCGAGUUCAUUGCUCGGCAUGAGCUUCUCACGUAUAUCAUUCUACGGGAUGCAGAUCAUCCGAGAGAACUUGCUGGGUUCCCACGCAUGUCGUCUUUUCACAACGCAGUCGUAGCACAAGAUUUGGGCGAAUAUUUUCGUGUCGACUGCGUAUGGUUGGUCCGAGGAGAAGACGCUCUCCAGAUUGGUGAUGGUGCGAAUGAAGAACUGCGCGUGAAGAAGGUGAAGGUGUGCAUUACGACUGCGUCCACUGCCAGGAUAGAGGACGUCAUCUCUUGCGUUUUGGGAAACCUGCCCCCUUGCGCUGAGUUGUCUCUGAUGUGGGCUAGUGACUAUGAUGCGGAACGGAUCAUUGUGACGCAUCUCUGGGACAUCAUUCUAGACAACACGCCGAACCUACAAUCCCUCGUCACUCUACAAUUGGUGUCCUUCUUCGACGAUGGAGAGGAUGGUGAUGUUCUUCUGUCGCGCGAUAUGGUUGCUGUAACCGCGCUCGGAGAACGACUUAAACCUACCGUCCGCGAGCUCGUCAAACGAUGUCCUCGUCUAUCGACUGUUAUCGUCUCUCAGAUGGCUGGAUUUAGGUUUAUGAGGUUCGUCGUCCCGGACAGAAUUCAUUCUGAAACAGAGCGGAGGACGAGGACUGGGGCCGCAGAAGGGAAAGGGACGGAGUCUGUGGACAGAGGAGAGGUAGUAGGUAAAGAGGAUGAAGAUAACGUAGUUAUUGAAUGGGAGUGUCAUAAGUCGAGUCAAUGGUGGGAUCUACGUAUAUAG